AACGUUCAAUCGCCCAGUACUCUACGAUACAAGCUAUCGCCUAUAUCCCCUUUUCCUUAUGCUCCUGAUCAUGAAGUGAGGCUUUUUCCAUCUUGAUCACGAAGAGUUGAAAAGCGCUGUCAGCGCCUAACUUCUAGCCUUACGGUUUUCUUCCACCUGCCGCCGCUUGUCCAACUACUAUGUGCACCCGACUCUAGCUCUCUCGCGCCCAUAUUUUUACCGCUCAAUCGGUACUCCACAAGUAUAUCUGCCUUGUAACUUUUCGCCAUAUGCUAGUCUUGCCAUGUGGUCAUUUCGAGAGCAUUGUUGCGGCAACCGCUGUGGCACUUCCAUCAAUUGCGCUAUCAUGAUAACGUCUGCCGUGAUUGCUGGUUCGUUCACGGCACUCGAAGCUCCUAAUGUGGAGUUAGAAGCGUCUUGGCUAGAGGCCCGGACAUAGCUGACAUGGAUUCUUCGCGCCUUCAACCUUGGCCUCCACCGUCAAGUUGCUAAAUCGAUUGACCAGCUCAUUGAAUCCUCUCAUUGCAGAAAAUAUGAGCAAUGCCUCUCAUGACGAGAAAGUUAAAAGCGCGAAUAACGAAGACUUUGAGAAGGGCGCCUUCGAUGUGGACACUCAAGACAUCUUCGACGAGGACUCGGGCGUGGAUCCUGUGUAUCAUGCCAAAGCCAAAAUCCUGAACGACGCAUUUCAGGAAAUUGGAAUGGGCAAAUAUCAGUGGUAUCUAUUUGUAGUCACUGGAUUCGGCUGGUUCUCCGAUAACCUAUGGCCUGUCGUCACGAGCCUUAUCCUAUCUCCGGUGGUUAACGAGUUCGGUUUUGAAGGACCCUGGCUUAAACUUGGACAAAACAUCGGUCUUCUCGUUGGUGCAGCAUUCUGGGGUGUCGCUUGUGACGUAUGGGGCCGUCAGUGGGCGUUCAACAUCACGCUCUUCAUCACGGGCGUCUUCGCAACGGCGGCAGGAGCUUCUCCUGGUUUUGUCGCACUCUGCUCCUUGGCUGCUGUUUGGAGUAUCGGUGUUGGGGGCAAUCUGCCUGUCGAUUCUGCCGUAUUCCUUGAGUUUAUUCCUGCUUCCCAUCAGUAUUUGCUCACCGUACUCUCCAUCUGGUGGGCCUUUGGUCAGCUAAUUAGUAGCUUAAUCGCAUGGCCUCUUAUCGCCAAUUUUUCCUGCGUGGGCACAACUCCGGACACAUGUCCUCGCUCCGAAAAUCAAGGAUGGCGCUACUUCAUGUAUACCAUGGGCGGUCUCAUGCUCCUGCUCUGGGUCCUGCGUUUCUUCGUCUUCCAUCUCUAUGAGUCACCCAAAUACCUGAUGGGUCGGGGCCGAGAUGAAGAAGCGGUCGAAGUCGUACACAAGGUUGCUGCUUAUAACGGCAAGGUGAGCAAAUUGACUAUCGAGAUGUUGAGAGGAGCAGGUCAGGUUGCCGGGGUGGAGGGUGAACAGGCGGAAAUGGAUACCAGUGCAAAAGCUGCUGCGCUUAGGAAACUGAGAAAGUUUAACGCCGGACAUGUCAAGUCAUUGUUUGCGAGAAAAAAGCUUGCAUAUUCCACUUCCCUUCUCAUCAUCUUAUGGGCUUUUAUUGGACUUGCGUUCCCGCUGUACAAUGGUUUCGUGACCUUUUUCCUUCAAACCCGUGGUGCAGACUUCGGAGAUGGUUCAUUGAAUCUCACUUACCGAAAUCAAGUCAUCUUGAGCGUCAUUGGAGUACCAGGUGCACUUCUAGCGGGGUGGCUCGUCGAGCUUCCAUACCUUGGACGUAAAGGCACGCUAGCCAUCUCAACCCUCCUUACUGGCGCGUUUUUGUUUGCCGGAACAACGGCACGUACAUCUGACGCCUUGUUAGGAUGGAACUGUGGAUAUACGUUCACCAGCAAUGUCAUGUAUGGUGUUCUCUAUGCUGUAUCGCCUGAGCUGUUCCCCACCAAGGAUCGUGGCACAGGUAAUGCCAUUGUGUCCACUGCCAACCGUAUUUUUGGAAUCAUGGCUCCCAUUAUCGCCCUCUAUGCCGACCUUUCGACUUCGGUGCCUAUCUAUGUCUCGGGUGCUCUGUUCAUUGUAUCGGGAUUCAUCGCACUGCUCUUACCCUUCGAGCCUCGAGGAAGAGCAUCAAUCUAGUCGAUGAUGAUAUACUGUUGUAUGGCCUCUGUUUCUUCAUCCAUAAUUUGAGCAUGUCUUUGCAGAUCCAAAGAUCAAGCCGCUCCGACUCGCCUUAGCUUGAAUUUGGUUAUAUUGACCACAUGUAACAACAACAAGUGCAUAGCUAAAACAUGAUGGUAAUAUGACGUUCAUCCACAUC